AUGUACGUCACCUGCGCAAGCUAUUGGUGUGCGCCUGCUGGUAUGAAUACACAUCCCACACCACACCACACUUGGAGUCGCCGUUCCGAGUAUAAUCCUAUCCGUCAAUCCCACAGGAUACGUGUUCCCGUUAUUACAUAUGGCAGAGAUGGUGAGCGUCCUUCGCUGAGCAUUGGCAUGGAGUUGGGAGGUAUUGGAAUUUGGCAUGGACACUGGAUGAUGGAGGUCGAGGAGCCAACGGCGGCAUCGGUUGGUGUCGCAAAUGGACGGGACUGGGGCGACGGGGUAGAUGGAAGCCGUGAACAGCUGACAAUGGCAGGAAACAUUGACGCGCAGAAGGGGACGUCUGGUGUCUUAGCUCGGGUGGUGGAGUGGAAUGGGUUGCACAUUGACUCUGGCAGGGUUUUGGGCGAAGCGAGUGUGGGCGACGACACAAAGCAUUCAUUGUUUGUGAAGGCUCAGGGGCAGUUGCCGGGGUUUAAUGUGUUUCCCGAUGCCUUGAUGAUUGACAGGGAGCUAACUAUGGCUCUGGGUUCCGAUUGGCAUGGGGGCUUUAGGGGUUGGAAAGAAAUGGUGGGGCUGCAAGACGAGAAUGUCGUGAUGUAG